AUGAAUUAAAUUUUAUAGCCUCAGCUAUAAAUAAAUUUUAAAGAUUCUGAAUCAAAAUAGAAAAAAAAAAAAUUAUUUAUCACUAAAUCAGUACUAGAGGUAAGUAGAUGUGUAAAAUUAAGAUAUAAAAAAAUGAUAGCGUAGCCAUCAGAGUUUCAAGAUUUGUUCAAAAGUCUAUGUUACCAAACUUCAACACAGGUGGAAGUUCGCCCUGCUGGGUUUUGUUACCUACACUAUUUUUGAGUUGGUUGGGAGAUCUCAAAUCAAAUUUAUUUUUUUUAUUUUUUCCAAGCCAUUUAAAGUCUUGUGAGAAAUCACUUAAUUAAAUAAUAAAAAAUCCACAGACAUUUAAUCUAACAACAAAAAAGGGAAAUUUCUAUAUCAGAAAAUGUAAAGAAUUGAUAUAUAAAUUAAUAGAAGAAGAAGAAAAACUAUAAGAGCAAAAGAAACACCUGAUAAGAAAUAAAACCGAAAGAAUGUAAAACUUAUAUGUCAAUAAUAUUGUUUAUAAAAAAAAAAGACGAUACUCUUUUGUAUAUGAGGAUUAUAAUUCUAAUCUAACAAUAAAAGCAUAUAUGGAGUGGUAUUUUUUUAAAUAAAUAGUUGUUGAUUUUGAAAAAUUCCACAUGUGGGUAUAAAGAGAAAACUAAAAAGAAUAAAUAGUUAAAAUGUAUAUAACUCGUUGUAUUUAUAUAUGUUGGGGAUGUGAAAUAACCAAUUUUGGCUAACACUAAUAACCAAAAAGGUGGUUUAAGUAUAUUUUUAUGAAAUUAUGUAAUCCAUGAGAUUACUUUCUUCAAGAUUAA